AUGGUCCGCAUGUUCAAUCGGUUUUACGUGCUGUGUGCACUUGCAGUGGGCACGAUCCUGACAUCGGCAUGGUUCUUAACCUCACGACGAUUGUCGGAUAUCUUGCCUCUGCCUGUAGGCCAGUUCCAAGUAACCAGCACAUUUGAUCAGCGAUUGGUGGUCUUUGGAGAUUCAUGGAGUGAUAACUCAAACUCAACGGCGAAUUCACAGGGUCCUAUAUGGACCGAUUGGCUUUGUUCGAUGAUGUCCUGUCACCAAGAGAACCUGGCGCAGACCGCAAGUCCACUCCGCGGCAGGAACCUCGGCGCCGUUGUCGACAACCACGAACUCGAUCUUCUCGGACGGCUCUCGCAAACACGUCUUGCAGACUUUGAAUCCCAGCUCGAACAAUGGCUAGCGGCAGAAUCAAGCUUGGAUCUUUCCGAGGAAGCAUCACGGUACCGACAGAAUCACACCAUUUUCGUGGUGUCGUUUGGCGUGUGGGACCUUUGGAGCUUGAUUGGCAAGGACUACGACACAGCACGCCAGUCGGUCGAGCGUCGCAUUGCACGAAUCAUGGAACACCUGGACGAUCUGUCGGCGCGUUGGAGCACGUCAGAGUUAAAGGUGAUUCUGACGCAGACGGUUGACGUGACUUUCCUCCCGGGAUUUGACUCGGCAGAGCCAUCCAAGGAUGCAGUCCGGCUGUUGGGAGAUUGGAACCUGAAGCUACGGGAGGCGGCGACAAAGUGGGCCCAUGGAACAAUCUAUCUAUUCGACACAAAUGGAUUUGUGAUGGAUCGCAUCCGCGAUUACCAGCUUUACGCGGCAGGAAUCGAAGAGGAGAGCGGGCUAGGGCAGAAUUUGGACGGGUGGAUGAACGUCAUGGAGCCUUGCGUUGCGAGUGGAUUCCAGGUCAUGAUGUCAAAAGAGAAGACACAGUGUGAGCAGCCGGAGACGUAUUUAUUCUGGUAA